AUGGACGCCAUAAGGACAUCAGGUCUGAGACAGUCUUCAUCAGUGUCACUCCACCGCUCUGUGUCUGAUGAUGAAGAAGUGGGCGGGGCACAGAGGAUGGAGGUGACAUUUGUGAUGUCAGAUGUGGAGGAGGAGGCGGGGCCUAGCAAUGACAUCACAGCGUUGUUACUGAGGUAUCGCCAUGCAUUUCUACUGGCCUAUGCAGUGUUCAGCGGGCACUGUUCCCAGGUGGGGGGCCAGGGGGAGGAGGACGAGCAGCCAGGGGGUGUAGCUAAACCACCUGCAGAGGGAGGGGCGGGGCUUUACCUGGGAGAGCUCAGGGUGAUGAUGAGGAUGCUGUUGCAGGAUGAAGAUAUCCACAACAUGGUCAGUCGUGUCAGCAGAGCCAACCAUCCUCCAGGAUCCGCAGAGGGAACGUCUCUGGCCUCUGAGAUCCUACGUCGCUUCACACAGCUGCAGAUGGACCACACCUGGACCGAGUCUCUGUACGCCACACUGCAGUUCCCCGACAGGUCUCAGAGGAGCUCCCUGUGGCUGGUGGACUCAGCUGGACUGGUCGCAGAGCAGAUUCCUCUCAACCCGUCUGACUUCUGUCCUUACAGCGCCGCAGGAAGUACCACGGGGGGUGUGGUCUACGCCAACUAUGGCCGUCCUGAGGAUUUUAAUUGGCUGAAGAGUGCGGGCAUAUCUGUGACUGGCUGUGUGGUGGUGAUGCGUGUUGGGGGCGGGGUCAGUUUUGCAGAGAAGGUGUGGUUGGCUGAGAGGAACGGGGCAGGUGGAGUUUUGAUCUAUCCUGAUCCCGCUGACCUGCCACAGGACCCCCGCCGCCUCGGACUCAACACACACACCACUGUGUCCGAACAUGUCCACCUGGGCUCAGGUGACCCCUUCACCCCCGGCUUUCCCUCUUUCAAUCACACUCAGUUCCCGCCUAUCCAGUCCUCCGGCCUGCCCCUUAUCCCAGCCCUGCCUAUCAGUGCCACUGUGGCCGCCAAGCUGCUCAGCCAGCUGUCAGGUCCGUCCUGUCCUCCAUCAUGGCGAGGUCGGCUACCGUACGUACGCUGUGUUGUCGGUCCAGAAUUCAGCUCCGGACGCAGAGUCAAGAUGUCCGUCCACAACGUGAUGACGCCAGUCCUGCUCAACAACAUCUUCUCGUCUCUGGAAGGCCGGGUCGAGCCAGACCAGUACAUCAUACUGGGAGCUCAGAGGGACUCACUGAGUCCAGGAGCUGUGAAGUCUGGAGUUGGAACAGCGAUCCUCCUGGAGCUGGCUCGAACUUUCUCUGCUAUGGUGAAGAACGGAUUCAGUCCCAGACGGAGUUUGCUGUUCGUCAGCUGGGAUGCUGGAGAGUUUGGGAACGUUGGAGCCACUGAGUGGCUGGAGGGAUACCUGUCCAUGCUUCACCUGAAGGCUGUAGCCUACUUCAGUCUGGACCAGGCUGUCAUGGGUAACAGAGCUCUCAUCCAAUCAGGAGAUGUCUUUAAUCUGCCAGCCAAUCAGGGUCUGAGAGAGAUAUGUGGAUACCUGUCCAUGCUUCACCUGAAGGCUGUAGCCUACUUCAGUCUGGACCAGGCUGUCAUGGGAUUCUAUUUAAACUCCAUGAACUCAGGUUCCUGCCUCUGUGUGUUGCAGGUGGAGCAUCCUAAACAUGCAGGUCAGACCAUCUACAGCCAGGCUGAGAGAGAAGGAGGCAGCUGGAGGAUCAUGAAGCCGUUGUACCUGAACAGUGGAGCGUACAGUUUCACAGCAUUCGCAGGAGUUCCAGCCAUGGAGCUCAGAUUCUCCGAGGAGCGAGCGUACCUGUUCGUCAACACACCACUGGACAGCGCCUCCCGCCUACAAGAAGUGCUGGGGGGUCGUCUGGGGGUCACAGGGCGGAGCUUAGGGGAGCUGGUGGGGGAGAUGGUGCUGCGAUUGGCUCACGACCACAUCCUGCCGCAUCACUUCCUAUGCCCAGACAGUGCUGCAGUUCACUGAUGUGUGUCUCUGUCUCUUUGUCUCCCCGUCCAUCUGUGUCUCUGGCUCCGUCUCCAGACCAGAGGCCUGUCUCCUCAGUGGGUUUUCAGUGCCAGAGGAGAUUACAGUCGAGCUGCAGAGACACUGCAGAGAGCCAUCGACUACAGCGACCUGCACGACCCGACCACCGCCCGCUUCUACAACCUCCGCAUCAUGAAGGUGGAGUACUACUUCCUGUCGCAGUACGUGUCAGUGGUGGAGACACCAUUUCGUCACGUGAUCCACGGCCGUGGUGACCACACUCUGAGCGCACUCACUGAGCACCUGGCCCUGCUGACCUCUGACCCUGAACGCUUCGACGAGACGCGGUUCAGACGACAGCUGGCCCUGUUCACCUGGACACUACAGGGAGCUGCUAACGCCCUGAACGGAGACGUGUGGAGCAUCCACAACACACACACCUAUACACGCUGAAGGACACAUAACACACGUAUACAUGCUGAAGGACACACAACA